AUGGCACCAUUAUAUUCUCUAAUCUCAUGGCUGAGUUAUCGCUUCUACACCGAGAGUACUUACUACAUAACAAUCCGUGAUUGUUAUGAAGCAUUUGUACUGGCUUCGUUCUUCAUCCUUUUACUUCGAUACCUUGGUGACUCACCUGAAGAACAGAGAAGACAAUUACUCAAUACAAAAAAACGAAGUCUAAUGAUGCCACUUUGUUUCUUGCGAUAUAAUCCAACAAAGCAGCAUUGGUUAUUUUGGAUAAAAUGGGGAAUACUCCAAUAUGUCAUAGUUAAGCCAAUUGUGACGGUCGUUGCGGUCGUGUUGCAGUAUCAUGAUGUGCUGUGUGAGGAGAGUUUUUCGCCCGCGUUUGGAAACUUUUGGAUACAAGUCGUGAACUUUAUAAGUGUGUCCGUGGCAAUGUACUAUUUGAUCACGUUUUACGUUACUAUUAGGGAGCUGAUCAAAAAGGAGAAACCGUUUUUGAAGUUUUUGGCUGUUAAAUUGGUAACGUGUUCAAAUUUAGGCAGGAGAAUGGAGAGAGUUGGUGGACAUACGCGUAGCUUGCAAACUGUUGCAGCAUUAGUUGUCACCGGCAAUUGUUAUCUUUUUCUCCUUCUGGCAAGCGAUUCUUUUAAAUAUACUCAUAUAUUUGGGAAUAAUCAAAGAAACUCAAUACUGCCUUAUCGUUCACCUAAGCCGACUUCUGCAUGGAGUGCCUUUUGGGAUAGUCUGAACCCGAUAGACUUCAUUAGAGAAGUGGUGGGAUUAUUCAAGUAUGCCUGGAAUUGGAUGCGAGGUUCAUCAACAACAAAGGGUAAUAGGUUGUUAGAUUUGGAAUUUGCUCUUGGGAAGAAGAGAGUCGUUGCGCACGCAGCAGAGCAUGAUCUACCCGACAAGGACGAUGGAAAAGAUGAUGACAACGGAGGUGGACAAGGUGGUGGAAUAAUGAUGCAAAGCGGGUUACAAAGUGAAACGUAUGAACUGUCUGAUAGGUCACUGGGUGAAAGGCCAAGUGGAACCACCGAAAUCACUCAAUCAGUCCCUCCAAAAUCUUCAAAAGUUCGAGUGACGUCUGCAACAAACUUGAUAUCCAGUAGACCAAUCUCUACUUCCUCGUCGACUCAUAGUGUGUCUUUCUGGGAAAAAGUAUUUCCAAAACGUUCCAGUCAGGAUGCACCAAAUUAUCCUACAGAUGCUUCUCUGGAGAUGGGAGAGACAAAUGCUUCUCGGAUUACCGCUCGCCGUGAUGAAUCAGAAGAAAGUAAUGAAUUGUUGGAGAGCGCUGCAUUUAAGACGGCAGUUGCUAAAUUAUCGCAGUUGGAGAAAGUUGAGAUCAAUGCCGGGCAAGAACCGAAAGGGGUGACAAGAGACAUGUAUGAGAGACCUUUGAAUACGGAUCGGGGUUUAAACAGAAUCGGAGAUGAUAAAAGCUUUGACGCAAACAAUGUGAUCGUCGGUAAUUCCCUCAAUCCACCAACGUUACCAACUAGCAUUCCUACCUCUUCUUUCUCGUCACCAGCAUCUUCAUCAUCCUUGUCUCAAUCUAAACAUGUUCAUAAUAAUCCCGUUUCAUCACAAGGAUUCGGAAACAUGACGCCCGUUGGAGUAAAUCAAAAUAUAGAUGUCAAUAGUAGGAUUGGUAAUGGAUACGGUUACGGAUAUACGGGUGAACAUGGUAGCACUUAUGUCAAUGGAUACAACGGUUCAUUAGUCAGCAACUAUGAUUAUCAUGUGGAUCCGUCCCGUGGAGUUAAUUCUAUGGGGCUAUCAGCUUCAUCACAUCCACCACCUACAAGUCAGUUAUCGCCAGCACCCGAACAAUCUGUCAGUUACAAUCUAUCUCAAAAUGUGACAACUGUCAGAUCAAACGAAACUGGCAUGUCACGGGAUUACACAAUCAACAGUUCGUCUUUUGGUAACUCACGUGCAGCGUCAAGCGAUACAGAUGAUACAGAAUAUUUCCACUCUGCAAUAUCUUCCCAAUCCCCAAAUAUUUCGAUGAAGUCACAAAACAAGGAUACGUUUGGUAUUCACAAUAAAGACACUGGGGGAAGAGAUAUACGAGUGGAGUACAUCACGUAUGGGUGA